CAAAGACGCAGAAAUCCGCUGUAACGUUGGCUGCAGGUCUCCACCGCGCCUCACUGCUAGCCUGUCGCUCUCAGUGGGUGCGCGCGCUCGCAAGUGUGUGCGUGUGCGUGUCUGUGUGUAGCCAGCGGUCACGAGGUCAGGUGACGUCACUCCCCAGGCAGUCCCAGAGCGAAACAAUCCAAGCGGCCGGAGCUGCCUGGCGGAGUGCUGAAUGGCUGGCAAACGAACCAGCAGGCUAAGGGAGAAUUACAUGGGAGCAGCGAGUUACCGGUCCGCGACAGGGAGGAAAAGUUGUACUUGGUAACACGAGUCGGCUGCUUAACUUUCCUGCGUUGGCCAAGUCUAGCCUUGAUACUUUUAUGGAAAGAGAGAGGCAGUGAUUGACAUCUGAAGGAAAAAAAGUGCAUGGACUGAAAAUGAAGAGUCUAAAAGCAAAGUUCAGGAAGAGUGAUGGUCAUGAAUGGAGUAAGAAUGAUGAUCGGCUGCUUCAAGCGGUGGAACACGGAGAAGUUGAUAAAGUGUCAUCCCUUUUGACCAAGAAAGGAGUGAAUGCGGUCAAACUAGACAGUGAGGGCAAGUCAGCUCUUCACUUGGCUGCAGCAAAGGGCCAGACAGAUUGCCUAGGCAUAUUCCUUUCUCAUGGAGUGGAUGUGACAAUACUGGAUGCAUCAGGUUGCAGUGCUUUGCACCUUGCUGCUAAAAACAGUCAUCUGGAAUGUGUCAAAAAGUUAUUAAAGCAGGGUAAAUGCUCCGUUGAAGGUGUUGAUAACAUAGGACGGACGGCAUUGUAUUAUGCAGCCGCAAGUGGAAGCCUGCCUAUUGUUCAACUGCUGUGUGAAAACAGAAGUCCUGUGAACGUCAAAGAUGCCGAAGGAUGCACUCCUCUGCUUCUCUCUGUCCAUAAUUCUCACUUGGAUGUGUGCAAAUUCCUGAUUGAUCAUGGGGCGGACAUUAAUGCAUGUGAUAAAAAUGGAAGAACCGCUAUAAUGCUUGCAAGUGAAAAUAAUUCCCUGAGUAUCGUUGAAAUUCUCAUUCAACAUGGAGCAGAUCUGAGCCUGGUGGACACACUGGGGAAUGAUGCACUUCAGUACUCAACACUGUCUGGAAGUAAAGAAAUCAGAAACCUGCUGCAGGCAGCACUAAGUAAAUUGUCAUCAGACUCUGAAGACAAGACUCCUCCCAAGUUAAAGCAGCAUGAUCAAGUCACUAGGUUAAAUACAGAAAGAAGUGCAACUCCCAAAAAAAGAAAGGCCCCGCCUCCACCUAUUAGUCCUAUGCAGAAUUGCCAGUCAUGUGAUUUUUCCUCACCAGUCUUCAUUACACCAAGCCAGACACCACUGUCAAGUAAAGAAAUGAUAUUUUCAGAAUUACAUUUUAAGGAAGAAGAACAGAAAUCUAUUCAACUUAAGGAAGAAAUCGAAAAGCUGAAUGAAGAGAAGUGCACACUAUUGGAGGCCAUAGAAGAUUUAAAGCACGCCCUGAAUAAUAAUCCUCUUCAGAUGGCACUUAAUGGAAAAGAAGAACAAAGUAUAAUAGCAAUGUUGCAAGCACAAAUAGCAUCUCUUUCCUUGGAAAACAAGCAGCUAACACACAAAUUGAAGAAAACCCAAACUCGCCAGACAGAGGAGGACAUGGAGUUGUCUGCUCUUGAUUCCUCUCGACACAGCAGUAUUGAUUCCAAUGCGUCUUAUCACUCCACUGCUGCCGAUUUUAACCAGUCUUUAGAAAUACAUGAAACGUGUGCAGAUGAAGUCAACAGAAGAGAAACAAAAACAGAUGCUUCUGGAGAUAAGCACGUCAGCAAUAAAAGCAUUACUGAGGUAGAGGUGGAGUUUAAAAAAUUACAGUCUGCUUUACAAGAGAUGCAGGUCAAAUUUAAGCAGUCCGAAUUGGAAAAAGAACACCUGCAAAAUGUUUUGAUGUCCCAGUCUGCCAAGAUUGCUGACAACACUUGUGUGGCCGAUGGUGAAAAACUACAUGAACUUGAAAUGAAGCUUCAGGAAACUGAGAGUAAAUAUGAAGAAGCUAUGAAAGAACUGAUGGCCUAUAAGUCACAGAAAAUAUAUGAAGCCGGCAGGUCAGAAGAUGUGUCACAGCAGAAUAAUUUGAUUGUAGAAGAGAGAAAAGAAAUGGAACAGAUUACAAAUAUUGAUAAAGUGCAGCAUAAUUACCUAGAAACUAUUAAGCAUCUAGAAGAAAAGCUGGCGACUGUAGAAGCGAGAGUAUCUGAAGAAGAGUUUGAAGCAAUGAAGAAUUCUUAUAACACACAUUUGGAGAGCAUACAACUGGAAAGGUCUUUACUAUUAGAAAAAUACAGUGAGGCACAAGAAGAAAUUAAAAUGCUACAAGGAGCUCUGAAAGGUACUGUGUCAGUCGAGCAGGCGGCAAGUGAUUUUGAAGAGAUGAAGAUGGAAAUGAAUCGGAAAGUUGAAGAGCUUCAGAGACAGCUUCUGGAGCUCACACAUUUGUAUGCGGGUGCGAAAAGUGAAGUGAAUGCCCUUCAGGACAGACUGGCGUUGAAGGAGAAGGAUGUGGAAUUGAGUGAGCAAAAGAAAAAGGAUUUUGUUUCAAGAGACUACCAUGAAAGAACUAUAACUGAUCUUUCUAAGUCUAUAACAGAGUUACAGGAAAAGCUUUCAGAUGUAGGAACUCGGUACCAUCAGGCAAUGGCAGAAAUUGUCCAACUUCAGAAUGAAACGGAGGCUCAAAAAGAUAGAUACAUGCUAAUAUCAGAGCACACCCAAGCAGUGUCUGUUUUAGGCAGCGCUAUUCAUAACUUAGAAGCACAAGUAGAAACACUGAAGGAGCAGUUUUCUCAAAAACAGGAGGAGGUGGACAUACUGCAGGCACACUUGUCAGAACAAAAAGCCAGCCUGCGAGAAGACAGUGUAAUCAAAGCCACACAGGAAGAACUAAAGAAGUCUCAUGAAGCUGAAAUGAAUCAGCUUAAAGUUAAACUAGACGAGGCCCAAAAAUGUCAAGAGGAGGUAUCUCUGGAGAAUUCCCGAGCUAAGGAAGAGAUUUUGAAACUCAAAGGUGAGAAGCAUACCAUUCAGAAUGUGGUGGAGGCUAAAGAACUGGAGAACCGAGAGCUUCAAAGUAAAUACAAGGAUGCGCAAGAACUUGCGAGUAAUCUGAAGAAACAAGUUGAAACCUGUGCUAAAUUAAAAGAAGAUAAAGAAAACAAGAUUGAAGAACUGACUAAGGAAGUGAGCAAACUGAAAGAUGCACUCAACAGCCUUUCACAAUUGUCUUACACAACUUCAACACCCAAAAGACAAAAUCAACAGGUAGACAUCCUACAGCAGCAAGUGAAACAGUUACAGCUACAGCUUUCUGAAACAAAAAAACAACACCAGGAGAUAGUUUCAGUUUACCGGAUGCAUCUUCUUUAUGCGGUUCAGGGCCAGAUGGAUGAAGAUGUACAGAAGACUCUCAAACAAAUCCUGUUGAUGUGUAAAAUGCCAACUCAAGCAAAAUGAUGAAACACUUGAUUGGAUUUAGCAGAUGCCACACUGAAAGCAAGCCAAGGGCACCGCGUUACGAACAAAGGAAGACUAAAGACAAACGAAAGCAACAACAAUCCACUAUAAUCUUUACGAAAGGUUACUUUCUCUUGGCUAUUUCACUGCAAUAUUAAAUUAGCUGAAAAGUGGGGUUUGUUUUCAUUUUAUUCAACAAUAUCUCAAAGCGGAAAAUGUCUUCCUGCGACUUUCAUGCCGUAUUGAGUAUUAUUUGAUAUUAAAUAAUGUUUAUGGUCAAAAACUUACUAUGCAGUAAAAUACUCCAUAAGCGUAAUUUCAAUAUUCAUAUAAUACAAGAGCAGGAAAAGUUUAUCUAAAGAGUAUUUGUAGUUUGUUCAACCUCAGUGUGCAGGUUUUGAACCUUAACUUCAGUGUUAAAAUCAGUUUAAUUAUUUUGCAUUAUUAAUUUGAACCAGUUAUUUGGUGGUGAAUAAAAAUUCUAUUUUCUUCUUAAAAAGGGAGAAAAAAAUAUUUUUAAAAACAGAUCAUCUUCUACAAUGAAGUUGUAAUAUACCAGGGGAAAAUGAGGGGAUAGACCAAUAGGAAUUGCUAUUUAUUAAAAUAUUCAUGAAGUAGAUCCUCAUCAGUAACUGACAUUUUGUAAUUUUUCUGGGAAAGCAGCAGACUCCGAGUUACUGCUCUUCUUCGUUUUUUGUUCUUUGUGUUGAAGCAAUAACACCAGAAGGACCCGAGCAUCUUUUAACAACUUUCAUGGUUUAAAAAUGACUUUUUAUUAAAAACAAAUGCAGUCACCUUUUUGUAUAAGCACAGCCAUUGGCGUUGUCCCUAAGUCGUUCAUUUUAUAUUACUUUAGAUUAUAAAGCAGGGUUUGUGGACUUGUAGCAUGCAUUGCAGCGUAUAGCUUUGGAAACACAUCUGCCUAUUUUGACAUUUCCAAUAUUUGUCUUAUCGCUUAAUAUUUUUAAUGAGUAUUUUUCAGAGCAGUUUUUAUAUUACUACAUGAAUAUUUUUAAGUGUUUUUUAAGGGAAAUGUUUGUAUUACUUUUUAUAUUUAUUUAAUACAUUGUACUUGAAUACUACAAUUGCAAAGCACAGUAUACCUUUAGAGAUAUCUUAACCACACUGAGUUCUUAAACAGCCCUAAAAGUCGUCUUGUAAUACGUUAUACAGAUUAGCUGUAACUUGUUUUUCUACACAGCAAAGCAAACGUAGUGAUGAGUGUUGCUGGUCCUUGUUGCUUGUUAGUUUUGCCAAAUAUCUGACUUGCUUUUAAUUUUUUUUGCACACAACAGUCAGAUUUUUAGGAAUCCGUAAAGAAAGAAACCCAAACAUCAAAGUAUCAGCAGUUUUAUUUUGAUUUCGGCAGCCAUGAAGUGGAAAUUACAUUUAUAAUAGAUAUGUAAAGAAUGUAAUGGUGUUUGAAGUUAAAUGUGUGUUUAUAUUGGACAGCACUUGUGUUUUUUUUUUUUGUUUCCAUUUUUGUCACUUGACCUUUGUUUAAAGUCAAAUUUAAAGUAUGUCCCACGUUUCACUUUUGAUUUGACUACAUGCUGUGUGAAAGCACAUGCUGGGCCUUUCACCAUCUCCCUAAAAUGUGUUUCGGAUUUGUGCUCCUCUUUGACAUUUGCUCGCAUAUCACAGCCAGUUUUCUGAGUCCAUCGUUUCCUGUUCUUUGGAUUAUUAUUUUGGCAAGUUGAGGGAAAUAAUAAAACAAACAAACAAAAAAAAGGUUCCUGGUUAUUCUUGAAAAUGGGCAGAAAUAACUGCUUAUACGGGAAUAGGUCAUGGUUUACAAACAUUUAGCAGUUUAUAUAGUUAAAGGAUUUAUUUACAGUGCUUUUCCACUUGCCUAGUCAGACAAGGCUCAGUAACUGCAAAUUAAAAUAUAUUUUGUCUCGACGAGCCCAUUUUGUAUUUGUUACAUGUACCUCUUAACAAUGAAACUGUUAACAGCUAUAUUUCCACGGCCUGUUACAAUGAUUUCUUAUUAAAAAAAAUCCAACUAAAUAAAAAUGAAAUUAUAAAUUGUA